CUCGCGGUUAGUUUCCCGGAUAAUAUAGCCGAAAACAGUAGGUCUGUUUGAGUGAGGAGAGUCGGACGUAGUUUUGCAUUUAGUGGAAUUAAAGCCAUCAGCCAUUGUGAGCACCACCUUGAGAUGCUAUCUAAAUCUGUCUGAAGAAUAGGGUGAUGACUCUGAUUACUUAUUUCACGGUGUAGAGCGCCUUUAUCUGAUGAAGCGGAUUCGGCCGAGGCGGGCACUGAACCAAGUUGUGCUAUUUGAUACGUCUUCAUAAACGGUCCAAAAUGGAAUAUUACGAUUUUUUUUACCCUCUCGCCCGGUGACUGUACCUUGGUGCAGUUCGCUAACCGCUUUGCUUUCGCCAUGCAGAUGGUCGCCUAUCACAUCUACAACCUGCUGCUGCCUGUUCUGGCAUGCGCAUCCUCGAGUGCGUCGUCAGUGCAGGCUUCCCCUUGUCACGAAGACGGAGCGGCCACGUGCAAUCCUUUGCCUGGUUCCCACAUAUCGCCAUCUCCAUCUGCCUCACCGUUUGAAUGCCACCUACCGGUCCUGGAGCGAACUUGGAAAGAUUCAUCGCCAUCGACAGCCCUACCAGCUAUAAAGCAACAACCACCGUCGACGCAGCUCUGUGGGCCCGGUGACUGUACCUUGGUGCAGUUCGCUAACCGCUUUGCUUUCGCCGUGCAGGUUAGUCAAACAUAUGCACUUUUUGCUAAAAAAUCAAGCAAUUAUCUUCUGGUACAGCUCCCGAGCCCACGGUGCUGCGUCGCGAUUGCCACUGAGUGCAUUCAUGUCAUCCGUCUGCUACUAAUCAUAUCUGGUGACGUCGAGACUAACCCUGGUCCUGCCAGCCUUGACACUGUACUGGCCGAAUUGCAGAAACUAACCGCAGGCCAAACAACACUUGUGCAGGAGCUAAAGAGCCUGAAACUGCAGCUGACCACCACAGACAAAACAAUCAGUGACCUGAAUAAGCGCAUGACCGACUUAGAGGCCCAUUAUCAGGCUCUCAUGCCUCUACGCCAAGACAUAAAAAUACUGCAGACAACAUCAACUGAAACAACUCGCCUAGUCACAGCGUUAGAGGCCCGUUUCGACGACGCCGAAAACCGAUCUCGCCGCAAUAACCUGAUCUUCCACGGAAUUACUGACCCCACUACAAAUGAAACAUUUACUAAGUCUGAAGAAUUAAUAAUCCAGAUCUGCCGUGAUCACUUACAAACCGACAUCAACCCCACAGAUAUAGAACGGGCACAUCGCUUAGGAAAACACACCAAAGAUCGAAAUCGUCCUAUAAUAGUAAAAUUCGCACAUUGGAAAACGAAAGACGCCCUUCUGUCAAAAGGCCGAAUGCUGAAAGGAACUAAUUAUAGUGUAGGUGAAGAUUUCUCUCGCCUGACUCAGAAAGCAAGGAAGGCCCUUUUGCAUUUCGCCAAAUCUAAAUCACUUGCAUACUCUCUACGCUAUAAAACUUUAUACAUUGGUCCUAAACGAUAUGUUUUUGAUGAAUCAUCUAACUCUGCAAAAAAGAAAUUCUGUAGCAAUCAUCCCGUCCUCUACAAAAAAAGAAUCAACCAGAACUUGCACCUAGAAAACAUCUUUCGUUUUCCGCAGUAUUUACUAACGCACGUAGUUAUCUCCCGAAGCGCGAGCUUAUAUCUAACAUCGUAUCAUCAACAGGCAGCAACUUGCUCAUUCUAACAGAAACCUGGCUACACAAUGACGUCACUGAUACCGAAGUUUUGGCCGAGCUACCCGACUUCCAGGUUUAUCGAACUGACCGCGUAGGCACAAGGGGCGGUGGCGUUCUUGUAGCAGUUCACCGGCAACUUUUGUGUUCAUUUAUUAACAUUGCAUCAAAACUCGAAAUACUAUGGCUACUAUAUCGCACAUCACCACUUACAGUGCUGCUGGGGGUUUGCUACAGGCCUCCACAUGCCACUCCUGAAUUCUGUGGGGAGCUCAAUAACAAUUUAAUACAACUAACGAACAUCUACCCUAAUGCCUCCAUCUUACUUUUCGGGGACUUUAAUUUCCCAAACAUAGACUGGAGCAACUUAACAUAUUCUUCAAUAGUAGGUCCCCCAGAGACAAGGAAUUUCAUUGACAUUUGUUUGAACUUUAACCUCACACAAUUAGUUUUGGAGCCAACGCGUGUCACACCAGAAUCCGCAACCAUUCUGGACCUCAUCCUGACUAAUGAUCCCAGUACCCUCUCAUCAAUUACACACCUUCGAGGAAUUAGUGACCAUAAAGUCAUUCAUGCUACUUUCUCUUUUCCUGUAACACCAAAUAAGACACAUAAGAAAACUAUAAGGCUUUACGAAAAGGGUGACUAUGACGCAAUUAACCGCGAACUUGAGACCUUCUUCCCCGCGUUUGAAGCCGCAUAUCGCAAUCGGUCAAUAUUCCAUAACUGGUCGAUGUUUAAGGAUAAGCUAACAGAUUUGGCUAACAAAUAUAUUCCUAAAGUUCACAUUCGCCCCAAUAAUCAAAAACCUUGGUUUACUGACGCCUUAAAAAAC